UUAUGUGGAAGAAAGAAAGUCAUACACAUCUCAGAUGUGAUUUCCGGUCAGCUGAUAAUGUGUCAUCAGUGUUUGCAAACAAAACUCCCGUGCCUGCAUGUCUGCACCGUCCACUGACAUCACAUACCACUGCUGUCAUGGGAGAAAAUGAUGAGAGCGAAAUAAUCGAGCACUACGAUGAUGAGGAAAUGGAGAAGAGAAGGACGCCGAGAAAUCUCUCGCAUUCCUUUCUGGAGAGCGUCACGUCGUCGGAGGAGAAAAACGGCCACAGCAGCACGCAGUCAUCACACCGUCUGCUCGCCUACAGUGAUGCACUCAUCUCCAUCAUUGCUACUGUAAUGAUAUUGCCUGUUGCACAUACAAAAUUUCAGGAUAAUGAGGAGCUGAAAGAGAGUAUCCAGACUUUGCUCACUACCAAGGUUGCAGUGUACUUGAUGACAUUUUUGAUUGUCACUGUUGCUUGGGCUGCACAUAUCCGGUUGUUUCAGGUCAUUGAGCGCAUCGACGACACUCUCGCACUGCUUAACUUGGCUUGUAUGAUGCUCAUCACAUUUCUGCCAUACACAUUCUCCCUCAUGGCGACGUUUCCUGAUAAUUUUCUUGGCAUCCUCCUCUUCUGUGCUUGUGUCAUAGUGAUUGGAUUAAUUCAGGCCGUGAUUGUCUUGUAUGGAUUUAGCCAUCCUUUCCUCCUGAACAACCAUAUACAGAUGUCACAGAAUCAGGCUUAUUACAAGCAGAACAUCCUCAAAGUCAUCAUGAGGGUUCCGAUCAUGUGCUUCUUUGCCAGUAUCUUUUCAUUCAUCUUUUUCCAACUGUCCUACGUCCUUUUGGCGAUCGUCAUAUUCCUGCCCUAUAUUUCUCAGUCUUUGAAAUGGAUUCGGAAUAAAGCCAUUGGUGGUCAGGUAGAUGAGAGUCCAGAUUCCAUGCUUUUCUACACCUACCACCCCAGUGAACCUUUGAGUAAAGAGCGAGUGGAGGCUUUCAGUGAUGGGGUGUACGCCAUUGUAGCUACGCUGCUCAUCUUAGAUAUUUGCGAAAACAACGUGCCUGAUCCCUCUGUUGUGAAAAAGCAGUUUGACAACAACCUCAACGCUGCACUUCAGGAGUACGGUCCCGAGUAUCUGGCCUACUUCGGUUCUUUCGUCACAGUUGGGCUGCUCUGGUUCGUUCACCACUCUCUCUUCCUGCACGUGACGAAGGUCACACGCCUCAUGGGCCUCUUCAACACCUUCUCCCUGGCCUGUGUGGGCGGCCUGCCACUGGCAUACCAACUUACACAAGAGUUUCCCAGAGGCUCGCGCAAUGAGCUUGAAGCUGUGCAGGUCAGCUGCGUCAUCAUCUUCUUUGCCGGUCUCUUCCAGCUAGCUAUGUGGGUGGUGGCGCUUUUUACAGAACGUGAGACAUUACACCCAUAUGCACGCUAUGGCGGUCGAGAGCACACCUUCAUGUUGGCCAAGCUCUCACUCUACCCUUGUGUGGCACUCGGGUCAUUCUUUCUCACCUGUAUUCUCAGUCGCUUCAGCGCGCAAAUCUUUCACAUGAUGGAGAUAGGUGUGCCGUUUGCUUUUCUUUUACUGAGGCUGCUGGUUCGUGUGAUGCUGGCACUGCUGAAAUGGCUGUUCUGUCCUGGGAGGCCUGAUGUGGACUGCUCUCCUGUAGAGGAAGAGGAUUCACAGCUGCCCAUUAAUGAUAUAGUUACUUAGCAGUGAACGAAG